AUGGCAGACGCCUGGUCAUCAGAGAACAGGCCGCCUUCUGCAGGCCGUUUCCACCAAGGAAAGGCUAUCCAGAACCUCCACUCUUUCCACCCCUUUGCUGAUGCAAGCAAAGGUGAUGACCUGCUGCUUCCUGCUGGCACUGGCGAUUAUCUCCAUAUAAUAAUUCAAAUUCAACAGAGAAAUGACAGGAAGACCCUUACUACUGUCCACGGGAUUGCUGAUGACUUUGAUAAAAAGAAACUAGUGAAGGCCUUUAAGAAGAAAUUUGCCUGCAAUGGUUCUGUAAUUGAGCAUCCAGACUAUGGAAAAGUAAUUCAGCUACAGGGUGACCAAUGUAAAAACAUAUGCCAGUUCCUGAUAGAGAUUGUACUGGCUAAGGACAGUCAGCUGAAGGUUCAUGGGUUUUAAGUGUUUGUGGCUCUGAAGCUUAAGUGAGGAUUUCCUUGCAAUGAGUAGAAUUUCUCUUCUAUACCUUGUCACAAGUUUAAAAACCUCACAGCUUGUAUAAGUAACCAUUUGGGGUCUGCUUUUAACUUGGACUAGUGUAACUCCUUCAUGCAAUAAA